AGUGACGUGACAAGCGAACAUGAUUUUUGGUCGAUUCCGAGCUUGAAUAUUUAAUUAGUGCCGAAACUUAGCUGUUCUGUAAGUAGUUUCAGGUAUAUCAAGUUUGAACAGGAGCCCCACAACAUAUAUGAGUGUCUCCCAAGGGGGCUUGCCCCCUGGAAAGAAAAGGGAGGAAUCGAAGGAUUCAAUGGAUGCAAUUAUUGAAGAUAAUUCCCAGGAGCUGAAUAGAUUCGACAAAACUAUCAACAUAGUCUGGAUCAAAGGCCACUCAGGUGUAAAAGAAAACGAGAUGGUAGAUAAUUUUGCUGAUCAGACAACGACUAAAGAAUAA